AUGAUUGAUAUCUGCCCACUGUUACUGCUAUUGGUCAUCCUGCCCACUCCAGUUGAUGCUGAUGAGGGAGCAGGGUGCCUGAUCAACUGGAAGAUCCCUGAGUUCAUCACUCGUGACGAGCUAGGCAACGUCCUCAGUGUUGAGACAGAUGUAGACGCGUGCAUUGUGCUAUCCGGUGUGACCUUCCUCAACAUCUUCGCUUUCUAUGCCCUAUUCUGGUUCAUAAUACGCACGUUUGUGCUCUCGACUCAGUAG